CUCACCUGAGCCGUCUGGGGCUCAUACCUGAGGGAGACUCACCUGAGCCGUCUGGGGUUCAUACCUGAGGGAGACUCGCCUGAGUUGUCUGCGGCUCAUACGUCAGGUGAACAUGCAUCUGUGGAUGCUACUGAGUCUUACGGCUGUCAUGGGUGCAGUGUGUUCGGAGUCUCUUAACUGUAGUUACCUGUCUCUGCUGGAGCACCUGGGGGUGGGAUCCAACAACUACAGCCUCUCAGCCACCCGCCCUGUCAGGAACUGGAGGACUCCCACCUACGCCACUGUAGACCUUUACCUCUACGUCAUCAUAGACGUGAAUGAGAAGUCGCAGAGCUUCACCACUGGAGUGAGCCUGUCUGCUUCCUGGACCAAUGAGCUCCUCCGCUGGAACCCUAAGGACUUCUGUGGGAUCCGUCAGAUCAACGUCCCCAAAGAAGACGUGUGGAGACCCUACUUCACCAUCAUGGAGAGCAUUGAGGCGAUGCACAGUGGGGCUGAGAGUGCCCGCGAGGUUGUACUGAGGUCAGCUGGCAGGGUCUCCUUCGGAGACACUUACAAGAUCACCAGCACCUGCAACAUGGAUCUGUACAAGUUCCCCUUCGACACACAGAAAUGCCAACUCACACUUUUGACCUUGCUCAACACAAUUGACCAGCUGCGUCUAGUCAUCGCCUCCAACUCCUCGGAUGUGACGACGAGGUCCCUCACGGUGUUCCAGACGCAGGGCGAGUGGGACCUCAUCAGUAUCCACGUCUCCAAGGACAACCUGACCAUUGGCCCCCAGGAUGUGUUGGACCAGCUAGUGUAUACGAUCACCAUUGCCAGGAGGCCCCAGCUGUACCUCAUUAACUUCCUGGUUCCUGUCUUGCUCUUCCUGGUUUUGGACCUAAUGUCCUUCUUCAUCAGCGGGUCAGGAGGGGAGAAGCUGAGCUUCAAGGUCACCGUGCUGCUGGCCAUCUCUGUCCUGCUGCUCAUCCUCAACGAUAUCCUGCCCUCCACAGACCAGAAAACUCCUGUUAUAGGAAUGUUCUGCACUGGGGUCUUCUCAUUGGUGGGCUGCAGCAUUGUGGAGACCAUCACUGUCAGUUUCCUGAUGCGGAUGGCCUCGAAGUGUGAUGCGAAGGCUUUCACCUGGAGGACCCCAGAGAAGAAUAAAGGGGAAGGGACCAAUCAGCCAGCUGACAGCACAGGAGUGGGUCACCAUUUGAAGAGGAUGGAGGACGAUUCAUCUCUGCUGCGCCUCAUCCUGGCUGAGCUGCAGGUGUUUCGGACACACACGUCCCCAUCACCCAGAGCAUCAUGGGAAGACCUGCCUGUACCUGAAGACAGUAGCCAAGUGGAUAAAUGCUGUUUACUUCAUUUUGUAUCUCUGUGCUGCCUUUGUCUUUCUAGCUUGGAUUGGUAAAGAGUGGUUUCACUAGCUGUACUUACAGUACUUCUGCACUUACAAUACCUAAUUUGAGUGAGUACUUCUGCACUUACAGUGUACUUCUGCACUAAUACCUAAUUUGAGAGUGUACUUCUGCACUUACAAUACCUAAUUUGAGUGAGUACUUCUGCACUAAUACCUAAUUUGAGUGUGUACUUCUGCACUUACAAUACCUCAUUUGAGUGGGUACUUCUGCACUUACAAUACCUCAUUUGAGUGGGUACUUCUGCACUUAGUGUACUUCUGCACUACAAUACCUAAUUUGAGUGCGUACUCCUGCACGAAUACCUAAUUUGAGUGUGUACUUCUGCACUUAGUGUACUUCUGCACUACAAUACCUAAUUUGAGUGCGUACUUCUGCACUAAUACCUAAUUUGAGUGUGUACUUCUGCACUUACAGUGUACUUCUGCACUAAUACCUAAUUUGAGUGUGUACUUCUGCACUUACAGUGUACUUCUGCACUAAUACCUAAUUUGAGUGAGUACUUCUGCACUUACAAUACCUCAUUUGAGUGAGUACUUCUGCACUAAUACCUAAUUUGAGUGUGUGAGGGCGUUCACACUGACAAUUCCAACAACACAAAGUACACUGCUAGUCCCCGGAUGGUGCACUCAUAACGGUCAAAAAGCUGAGUGUGGAACGCUUUUCGCCCUCAACGGACGCCAUCUUGGCUACAUA